ACCCCGCCACCCGUGGAAUGCAGCCCACGCCGGGGUGAGCUCCCCCACUCGGUAAAAAAUUACAUUUGGCAAGGUGCCGAUCGGCGUGGAUCGCGGUCCGAUUCCCGUCAACCAGAGUCGUGGAUCUGGCCCCUCAUCUUCGCGUGCCUCGAGCAACGAUCCUCUCGCCCUCGCGCACAGGUGCCCGGCGCGCCGCCUCCUCGCCGCCAUCCCGUCCCGCCCCUCGUGCCAUCGCCGCCUCGCGCACCGGUGCACGGCGCCGCCUCCUUGCCGCUGUCUCCUCCUGCUCCUCGUGUCGUCGUUGCCUUGCCCCUCGAGCACAGGCACACGGCGCCGCCUCCUCUUCGUCGUCCCGCUCCUCAUCGAAUCCACGGUUUUGGUGAGCCUCUGAGUCCUAGCGGCUCAGGCGGAGCGAGCGAACCUGAGCAGCGCUGCCAUAGCGGAGGGAGCAGCCGGGCGAAGAAUGAGGGGGCUGACGCGCGCGGCGAAGCGCGCCGGCGAGAUGGCCUUCAACGCCGGUGGAGGCGCCGUCAACUGGUUCCCGGGCCACAUGGCCGCCGCCUCCCGCGCCAUCCGAGACCGCCUCAAGCUUGCCGACCUCGUCAUCGAGGUCCGCGACGCACGCAUUCCAUUAUCCUCAGCAAAUGAAGACCUUCAACCAGUGCUUGCAGCUAAAAGGCGUAUUCUUGCACUAAACAAGAAGGAUCUAGCAAACCCCAAUAUAAUGAAUAGGUGGCUUAAUCAUUUUAAAUCACGCAAGCAGGAUUGUAUUUCAAUAAAUGCACAUAGCAGCAGUUCUGUUAAUCAGCUUCUUGGACUUGCUGAGCUGAAACUGAAGGAAGCAAUCUCGAAAGAGCCGACACUUCUUAUUAUGGUUGUUGGUGUCCCUAAUGUUGGCAAGUCUGCACUCAUAAAUUCCAUUCACAGAAUUGCUACGUCUCGAUUUCCAGUGCAUGAUAAGAACAAGCGGGCUACGGUGGGGCCACUUCCAGGUGUCACUCAAGAUAUUGCAGGGUAUAAGAUUGCAAGUCAGCCAAGUAUUUAUGUGCUUGAUACACCUGGUGUUCUUGUGCCAAGCAUACCAGAUAUGGAGACAGGUCUAAAGCUUGCUUUAACAGGAGCAGUUAAAGACUCGGCAGUCGGAGAAGAACGUAUAGCAAAAUAUUUAUUAUCUCUUCUUAAUAUCAGAAAAACGCCCCUGCACUGGGAGCGGUUGGUGCACAGAAGAGACGAGUUGCAUGAAGAAACAUGCAGCCGUAAUGAAAAUGACUCUAGGGAUUCACUACGAAGGAGGAGAUGUUUGAAUAAUGCUGAUGCCUUAUAUGUUCAGGAUUUAGUGACGGAUGUCCAGAGGACACUAUGCAGUACGUGCCUGGACUUCACUGGCAACACCGAGGAAGAGAGCGAGCUGGAAAGCCUCAUAGACAUGCAGCUCGCGGCUCUUCGCAAGGUGUUCAGAAUACCUCACAAGCCGUUUGAUGAAACCCACGGCCCUACCUCGAAGAAGCUGCUGACUCUCUUCAGGUCAGGGAAGCUUGGCCCGUUCAUCCUCGACGACCUUCCGGAUGAGCAGUAAAUUCAAGAAUUAACCUGCCUCCACGGGUCCUUUUUGCUCUGCGUAGCAAAUGUUUUGUGAUGGAAGGAAUUAGUACGAGCUGCACGGCACAUAGCAGAGCAACCUGUGAUGAAAAAUAACAAGUAGCCAACAGAUAUUUUCAAUGCGGCUGUGUGCUAUCCUUGGUAUGCAGGAUACUUUUUUUUAUGA